AUGGCGCUGCCCGUGCUGAGAGGUUGUUACAGGUUUCCAUCAACAUUUAGCUUUUCUCGUUUGUUUUUGAAUGAAGGAAUCAUCCUGAACAGGUCGGGAAAGACUCGAAUACCUCCCUCAUCCUCCGCCGGGGUGUCAGCUGUGGUCCGCCCGUACAGCUCGGACCGGGGAGGACAGAAACCGGUCCAGAAGGUGAUGGUUGUUGGCAUCACCAACCCGUUCAUUUGGUUCCGAACACGAAUAUACUACUUUUUAAUCCGAGCUUACUUUGAUAAAGAGUUCAGCAUCGAAGAGUUUACGGAGGGAGCGAAGCAGGCAUUCUCCCAUGUAUCAGGACUCUUGUCAAAAUGUCAGUUUGAAGGUUUGGAGGGGCUCGUGGCCAAAGACUUGAUCGGAAAGCUCGAGGAAAAGUGUAACCUGCUGCCAACAAGCUACAAGAAAGCUCUGUCUGCAGAUCCUGAAGAGAUCAUGUACACCACUGCUGCUGACGUGGGAAUCUAUUAUGAUGAUAACGGUAGGAAGUUUGUCAGUAUUCUGAUGCGGUUCUGGUAUCUGACAAGUGCACGCCUUCCUGAUGACACUGUGGAGGGAACCAGAAUCUUCCAGGUUGCCUUUGGAGAUGGAGAAGAAGAAACUAAGAGACUGCUGACUGCAAAUUAUGAAUUCCAAAGGGAGUUUACUAAAGGAGUGACUCCAGACUGGACCAUUACGAGGAUAGAGCACUCCAAGCUUUUGGAUUAAGCUGGUUUUCAUCAGAGGCAUCUUUUGCCUUAAGAAACAAGUCAAAAAUGGGACAUUCCCCUCAAAAAACUGAGGUGGCACAUUUCCUCCCUUGGGAAGUCAAAGGGAAACUACCAGACAAAGUUGGAUUCAUUCACUAGAGGUUGUAUAAAAGACACAAACCAAUCACAUCUGCGCUUAGAGAUUCUGCUGGGAACUGUCUGCAAUUUCACUGUCUGCAGAAUUUCAACAAACCAGUUAUCAAAACCUGACUAGGUUUCUUCUUCUUUUGCUGUGAAAGUCUCGAGGAAACCAAAUAUUAUUGUCUAUUUGUAAUUUAUAGCCUUAUUGUAACUAUGGUGUUGUUUCACAAGGAAGUGACUGGCUGGAUAUUGUGUGAUUAAGUGAUUAACACCUAAUCCAGUAAAGUCUGUCCUCAUGUUUUCCAUAUGGAAAGGUCCGGUCUUUGUCUGAUACUGUAAAUUUGAUAGAGAACGUAUCUCUUUAUGUUAGACAGUGUGCUGUGAAGGUGUUUCAACUGAAUGUGAAAACAAUAUUUCCAAACACGAAAACAUGUCUCUUUUACCCACACUAAACAUUUGAACUGUUGCAGUCACUCGGCUCUGAGGUACAUGCUGAAUAUGUACUUUAUGUGUGUGUGGACAUGUGUUUGCAACGGUUAAGGCAGCUGAU